GGAAGACGCACUUCCUGUUGCCGCUUGAGUUGGUGUACGGCGUGGGGUAGAGGAGUGAAGGGGAACAGCGGGAUUCAUUUUUAUGUUAUUGUUGUGACUAGUAUUUUACUUUACAUAAAGUAUGAAGGUACGGCUUGAUUGAGAAGAGGAAUAAUGCAGGUCUCCAGUGUAAACGAUGUAAAGAUCUAUAACCUGAGCUGUGGGAAGUCGCUACCAGAGUGGCUCUCAGAUCGGAAGAAAAGAGCGCUUCAGAAGAAGGAUGUUGAUAUACAGAGGAGAAUUGAGCUCAUCCAGGACUUUGACAUGCCAACAAUCAGCACGACGAUUAAGGUGUCAAAAGAUGGGCAGUAUAUCCUGGCAGCUGGCACAUACAAACCUCGGGUUCGCUGUUACGAUACUUACCAGUUAUCUUUGAAGUUUGAAAGGUGUCUGGACUCGGAUGUUGUAACUUUUGAUAUCUUAUCAGACGAUUACUCAAAGCUGGUUUUCCUGCACUGUAACCGCUAUGUAGAAUUUCAUUCACAGCACGGCCAUUAUUACAAGACACGAAUACCAAAGUUUGGUAGAGACUUUUCAUAUCACUAUCCAUCAUGUGAUUUGUACUUUGUUGGAGCAAGCUCAGAAGUGUACAGACUUAAUCUGGAACAAGGAAAAUUUCUGAAUUCCUUACAAACAGAUGCUGCGGAGAACAAUGUGUGUGACAUUAACCCUGUCCAUUACCUGUUUGCUACUGGCACAGCAGAGGGUAAAGUGGAGUGCUGGGAUCCAAGGACUAGAGGUCGUGUUGGCUUACUGGACUGUGCUUUAAGCAGUGUGACAGAAGAUACAGAGGUGGAAGGUUUACCAUCGGUGUCUGCUUUGAAGUUCAAUGGGGCUUUGCACAUGGCAGUCGGAACAAGCACAGGCCAGAUUUUGAUGUAUGAUCUCCGCUCUAAUCGUCCACUUCUUGUCAAGGAUCACCAUUAUGGGCUUCCGAUCAAAUCCAUUCAUUUCCAGGAUCAAUUAGAUUUGGUUUUGUCUGCAGAUUCCAAGAUCAUAAAGAUGUGGAAUAAAGAUACGGGAAAAAUAUUUUCGACCCUUGAACCAGAACAUGAUAUAAACGACGUCUGUCUCUAUCCCAAUUCAGGAAUGUUGUUUACAGCUAAUGAAGAUCCUAAAAUGAAUACUUUUUACAUUCCUGCCUUGGGUCCUGCUCCACGCUGGUGCUCUUUCUUAGAUAACCUCACAGAGGAGCUGGAGGAGAACCCUGAGACCACUGUGUAUGACGACUACAAGUUUGUCACCCGAAAGGACUUGGACAGCUUGGGACUUGCACAUCUAAUUGGUUCCCCGUUGCUCCGGGCCUACAUGCAUGGAUUCUUCAUGGAUAUUCGAUUGUAUCACAAGGUUAAGACCAUGGCAAACCCAUUUGCCUAUGACGAAUACCGCAAAGAGAAGAUCAGGCAGAAGAUAGAAGAAACAAGGGCUCAGAGAGUCCAGAUAAAGAAAUUGCCAAAGGUCAACAAACAGCUGGCUAUAAAACUGAUUGAAGAAGAGGAGGAGGCAGACCAGAGGACAUUGAAGAAAAAGAAGGGAAAGAAUCUGCCAAACAUCCUGAGCGACGAUCGGUUCAAAGUGAUGUUUGAGAACCCGGAUUACCAGGUGGACGAGGCUAGCGAGGAGUUCAGACUCCUGAACCCUAUUGUGUCCAAGGUGAACGAGAAGAGGAAGAAGCAGCUGCGGAAGCUGGAGUGUGAAUUAGCACCUGAACAGAAGGAAGAGGAAGAGCCGGAGGGCAAGCCCAGCGAUGCAGAGAGCUCUGAGAGCUCGGACGAUGACAAGGGCUGGGUGGAUGAGGUGAGGAAGCAGCGCAAGCUCAUGUACUUCGAGGAGAGGGCCAAGCGGCAGGAGAGGAAGGAGAAAGCACGCGAGGAUCGUCGCACCUCCCUGGAGCCCAAGUUCUUUGAGAUCAAAGCAGGAGAGGAGUUUAGGAGCUUCAAAGAUGCAGCCAGAAAACAGAAGCUACAGAAGACAACGCUUGAAGAUCGGCUUAAGUUUGAAGAGAAAUCGGGAACUUUGAAUGUGUCGGACGCCACAGUGGGCAGCAAGCAGCUGACAUUUAAAUUGAAGAAGACUGAGCAGCAGCAAAAGCAACAGGAAGCAGAGUGGCAGCACCAUCAAGAAAGGAAAAAACUGAGACGAGCUGCGGGGCAUCUCCAAAGCAAACCUGCCAGGGGGCGAGGUGGCAGCAUGGGCAGGGGUGGGGGCAGGGGGAGAAGACCCUUUUAAAGGGGAAGACCUUUAACUAGUUAAUACAGUGUCUGAAGAGCAGGACUGUUCACUGGCUGCACUGACCUAAUCCAAAGCUGUUCACAUGCACAAGGCUGUUGGCAGCAACGUGCUCAAGGAACUGUGCCAUGGUAAACUGCUGAAAGGCCUUCCUUACCAACAGACCUUGAAAAUACUUUGUUUUGUAGAAACUCUGUUUCUUUGUACAGACAAAACACUUCUGUAUUUUUUUUUUCUCCCCUGGAGAUCACUGCAUGUAACUGAAAUCCUAGAUCCAAUGCAAUCUUGAAUACAGGCCUAAAAUAUUAUUCUGCUUUUCA